AUCUAUACAGACUAAAUAAGAUUUGUUCCUAAAGAGAUGUCUAAAUCUCUAAUCACUUUGACAACAAUGUGGUUUUGACUUUUGAAGUAAUCAGUUGUGUGUCAUAUUUGUGCCACGUUAAAAUUUAAAUUACACUUUAGUCCUCAAUUAAUUAUAAUUAACACCAUGAAAAUAACUUCGCUAUAUGCUUACUGUGCUAAUUGAUUUGUUGCCAAAAAAAGAAAAGGGUUAAAAAUCGUUACGUCUUCUUUGUUUGGCUGCUACACAAAUUCCGAUUCCGAUUCCGGCGGAGGAAGCUAUAACGAUUCUUCAAUGGAUCCCACUUCUUCUUCUUCUCUUAGAUGGAACAUUCUUCGUCAAGCGCUUCUCCGUAGAUCUGAUUCACAAUCUCAAGCUGAGACCAAGCGGAUUUCAAGGAAAGCUACUCAAGGAUUCAACUUGUUUCCGUCUCAAGUGGUGGAUUCUUCUCCGCAGUCAGAUCAUUCUCGGGAAGCUUGCGUUUGCUACACUAUUCCCACCACUGGUUCUCCGAAGCUCUAUCUAACAAAAAGAGUGGAUAAUUGCAGUGAUCUUAAUGACUUUGAGAUAUCUAAUCGAUACAACAUUGAUAAUACUGGACUUGUCUGUCAGUGGCCCUCAGAAGAAGUUCUAGCAUUCUUUUGCAAGUCUCAGCCAGAUCGUUUCAGAGGUAAAAGAGUUAUUGAGCUUGGCUCGGGGUAUGGAUUAGCCGGUUUAGUUAUUGCAGCUGCCACUGAGGCAUCAGAAGUGGUUAUCUCAGAUGGAAAUCCCCAAGUAGUUAAUUAUAUUAAGCGUAACAUAGAAUCCAACUCCAUGGCAUUUGGUGGCACAAGUGUGAAAGCCAUGGAGUUGCACUGGAACCAGCAUGAACAUUCAGAGUUAACCAACACUUUCGACAUCAUUGUUGCAAGCGACUGUACAUUUUUCAAGGAAUUUCAUAAGCACCUUGCAAGAACUAUCAAGAUGCUGCUUAAAGCCAAAGAACCCUCCGAAGCAUUAUUUUUUAGUCCUAAGAGAGGUGACUCCUUAGACAAGUUCUUAAAGGAGAUUAAAGACAUUGGUUUACACUACGUCUUAACUGAAAACUACGAUGCACAAGUUUGGAAGCGCCAUGAGACGCUUGUUAAAGGAGACGAAGCUUGGCCUAACUAUGACAAGAAUCAUUGCUACCCUUUACUUAUUCAAAUCACGAAUCAUAUCUAGUCAAGACUGUGUCAUAUUUGCGGCUAUGGAUGGCGAAUAAACGCAGUAUAGAGAGGUCCACACCACACAUACACACGAGUUAGGCAAAGCCGUUCGUCUAAAAGGAAGAUAUAGAACAAUAAAAAUCAGAAAAGCUAUAAGAUUCUCGAUAAGUGUACUGUCAUUGAUGAACUACAUCAAACUUUUCUUCAUUCUAAAUCUGGCUUUUUGAAUCUAAUUUCUAGUUGUCUUUUCUGGUUUGUAAUAGUGCUGAAAAUAAACUUUAGCUGGUUGUAAUUAUUAAUAGCCGUCUGGGAAAUUAUAGAGAUGACAAAGGAAUCAUUUGAGAUUCUGUGUGUGUGUGCGGGUCUAAAUGUGAUCCUCAGCCAUUAUGUAACUUAUUCUGAAAGCAUAUAUAUAUCUCUUUGUGCACAUUGAAUU